AUGUUGCUUAAAAAAUUAAACUAAAACAACUUCUUCUUUCGAUUAAAAUAUGGUUACUAGAGUAGACAAAAGAAUCCAAAAUACUUUCAUAAUCCCUUAGUCGAAGGAUAGUAUGCAGUUACUCCUGCAAGAAAGGUUCCUUCAAAUAUCACAAGGCCAAGUUACAUGACUGACAAAAAGCCUAUAUACGGUAUAUAUGAAGGGCCUGCUGUUACACAUGAUAAGCAUAUGAUUGAAAAAUUAAGGAAGGCUGCUAGUAUUGCAUCAAAAACUGCUUAGGUAGCACAAAGAUCAGUUAAAAAAGGGAUGACUACUGAUGAUUUAGACAAAAUAGUCCAUGACUACAUAAUUUCACAAAAUGCUUAUCCAUCACCAAUAGGAUUUAUGGGAUUUCCAAAAAGUGUUUGCACUUCAGUCAAUGAGGUUUGCUGCCACGGAAUACCGAAUCUAAGACCCUUGGAGGAAGGAGAUAGUCUUAAUAUAGAUGUCACCAUAUUUUACGAUGGUGUUCAUGGUGACACUAGUGUAAUGGCAUCUGUUCCAAAAAUGAAUUAAGAAAUAUCAAAGUUGAUAGAAACUACUUAAAAAUCCCUAUAUGAGGCUAUAAAAAUUUGUAGGCCUGGGCAAAAAUUCAGUCAGGUUGGGAAAGUGAUAUAAGAAAUCGCUAAUAAGGAAGGAUAUUACGUAAGCGAAGUUUUCACUGGCCAUGGGAUUGGAGAUUUGAUGCAUAUGCCUCCAACAAUAUUUCAUACCUAGAAUCAUUAUCCUGGCGUGAUGGUUCCUGGGAAUGUUUUUACUAUAGAACCCAUUCUUUUGAUAAAGGAGGUACAAGAUUAUUAAAUUUGGAAUGAUAAUUUUACAAUUAUUUCUAACGAUAACCCAAAAUAAUUAGCAUAAUGGGAACAUAUGAUCUUAAUAACAGAAAAUGGGUAUGAAGUGUUGACCAAAAGGGAUGAUGAAACAGAGUUGUGA